AUGGCGGGAAGAGAAAUCGUCAUAGCUAUGGACCUCUACGGCAGCCUCCUCUCCCCAGACACCGUCGCUCAGGAGCUGGAACUAUAUUAUGAGAAACCCAAGGCCUACAAGAUCUCGACAACAUGGAGACAACGGCAGCUGGAAUAUACAUGGAAAUUAAAUAGCAUGGGUCGCUUCAUGCCCUUCCCAGAUGUGACAAAGAACGCCCUCCUGCAGGCUCUAGCAGAAGCCGGGUCGGAUAUGGGCAGUGCUGAUCUUCCCAACCUAAUGAAUAUGUAUGACAGCAUGGAAGCCUGGGAAGACGUAAACGACGGUUUCAGGCAAUUGGCCGGUGUCCCUAACUUCAAAGUGGUCAUCAUCUCGAAUGGAACCCAUGCAAUGGUGUCGAAGGGAAUUCUGCGCUCAAAAGACCUUGCCGUCCAUGCAGAUAGCAUCAAAGAAAUCAUUUGUGCAGACGAGGUCCAGCAGUUCAAGCCGUCCCCAGCAAUCUACAAGCGUUUGGCAGAGAGAGUCGGAAAGACCGAUGCAAUGAAAGACGUUUGGAUGGUCAGUAGCGAUACCUUUGAUAUCACAGGGGCAUUGUGCAUGGGAAUGAGCGCCAUCUUCCUCGAUCGCCGGAAUACUGGCUGGAUAGACAAGACAAUCCCUGAAAUAGAGCCCACAGGCGUGUUGAGCAGUCUUAGUCAGGUCGCCGACUUUAUCAGCAGCCACUACAAGAUAUAUGGUGGGAUAUAG